AUGGGUGCAUCCUGCCAGGCUUGCCUCACGAGAGUGCCCCAUGCAACUCUCAUUGCAACUAUAAUGUGUUGUUUGGGCGUGGGGGUUUUCUGUGGCACAAUGUAUAGAGGAUCUGCCCUUUCCAUACGGAUGUUUGACGAAGUAUUUCACUUUAGAUUAAUAUGGAUCGAAGCACUGCAAAUGAUAUUUAUCGUUGGAAGCGCGUGUAUGGCAGCUUUGGGAUUCAUGCUGCUCUGUUUAGGUUGCUUAACAACAGGUGCAACAAGACAAAAAGUUUACAGAGCUUGGAGAGCCCGAGUUGGUGGAAGAAUAUCUUGCGCUAUAUUUAUGAUAAUAACGUAUAUACUAACAUUCAUAUGGAUAAUAUUGCUUGGAUUUUUAGUCAUAACGACUUUUCUUUUUACAAUAUUCUGGAAGUUGUGCUCUAAACCCAACAAUAUUGAGCACUUGACUUGCAUUGAUUUUACACAAUUCGAUUUUAUGUUUCCCGCAUCUGUUCGGCAAGAGGACAUGAAAAUAUGUGAAGGCCAACGAAUGAAAUUGUUUUGCAAGGACUAUGUUGAAAAAGCUGAGUUCAUGUUCAUAUUGGCUAUGGUAUCUUGCAUACUUGUGAUACUGAGCUUGGUUCAUUAUUUGAUGUGCCUGUCCGCAAACUAUGCACACAUAAGGGAUCAUGAGAAAUUCCAAGAACUACAAGAACUUCAGUACCUCACCAACCCUGAUUUGCACGCUUCGAAAGACCGUUUCUAG